UCUGGUACAUAAGAUACAGAAGGAAAGUAGAGCACACAAAUACUUUAAUGGCAACCAAUCAACUAUAACGAGGUUUAGGAGGAGAUUUUGCCCUGGAUAAUAAGCCUUGGUAGCGAGGAUGAGGAUUGGGUUUUAAUUUUAAAUAAAGUGGGGCUUGUAAGCGGAGAAUUGGGUCGAAUGAUAUGAAGCCACAACUCGCUCUGCGUUCUCCUACACCAAUGCCAAUGCUCUUACGCCAUCUUCCGCCUUUGCAUAUACCCAUUACUGCCAGUAAUCUUUUUCUCAAUGCCAAACCUCUGCAUUGUUUACAAAGUUAUGGCAGGCACAGAGAGACUCUCAAAACUGUACGGUACAAAUGCAAUGCUGCCAGUGACAAGUCUAUUUUAUUUGAACAGCACAAGCUCAUUGUGGAAGUGAAAGAACGACUACAAAUAGAACAUGGAAAUUUGCCUACUGGGAAAAACGGAAGGGAUGAUGAGGAAAUGAUUCUCUGGUUUUUGAAGGACCGCAAGUUUAAUGUGGAUGAUGCAGUUGCUAAGUUGGUUAAAGCGCUGGUAUGGCGUGAGGAAUUUGGUGUUGAAAAUCUCACAGAAGAAUCUAUUCAAAAUAUUGCGUCCACUGGAAAGGCUUAUCUUCAUGAGUUUCCUGACAUAGAAGGCAGGCCUGUAUUGGUGGUUGUUGCAGCCAAGCAUCUUCCAGCUAAACAUGACCUGUUAGAAAGUCAGAAACUGUGCGUUUAUUUGAUUGAGAUAGCCCUCAGUCGGCUCCCGCCAGGAGAAGAGAAGAUGCUGGGAAUAUUUGACCUUCGAGGAUUUACUGUGCAAAAUGGAGAUCUUGCUUUCAUAAAGUUUUUGAUAGAUGUGUUCUAUUAUUACUAUCCAAAGAGAAUCGGGCAAGUUCUUUUCGUGGAUGCUCCAUUGAUAUUUCAACCUGGUUGGAAUAUUGUCAAACCCUGGUUGAAGUCAUAUGCCAAUCUGGUUGACAAUGACAUUGGCAAAAGGCUUUGGGACCAUGAUAAGGCAACAAAGGUUUGGAGGUAUGAAUUGGCUUGAUGGGAGGAAGUUUCAAAAUAUUUUUAUUUAUCAAAUUUGUCAUUAUGCUAUGCAAAGACUCAAAAAGAGGAGUAAAUUCUUUUCUAAAGUAUUUGGAUAAAGGGGUCACACCUGAUGUUGUGGCUGCCUCUUGAGUAUUGAUGUUGUCAUUUAUCUUCAUGUAUCCCUUGUUCGGUUUAAACUUCAUAAAAGAUUGUUGAGCACUCUCAUUCUUAUC